GUUUACUCGCACAACCCGCAAGAGAUGGACAUCCUGACCGUGGUUUUACUGUUCGUAGUGUUUCUGCUCGUUGCCUUCGAAUUGCGCGUCCAACUUUCGGCAGCGUACCGUGCUGGGAAAAAGUUUCCAGGUCCAAAAGCUUUACCCAUCCUUGGCAAUGCACACAAUCUGCUGUUCAACGACCAGCAGCGCACCUUCCAGCUGCCCCGUCGGUGGGCUGCUAAAUAUGGCGACACGUAUCGCAUACUGGUGCGCGGACUGCUCAACCUAAACGCGAUCCAGGCGAAAGACGUCGAGCCGCUCCUAUCGAGCCCGAAGCUCAUCGAUAAGGGUUUGAUAUACAGCUUAACCCACAGCUUCCUCGGCAUUGGACUGUUGAACAGUACUGGCAGCAAGUGGCAACAUCGUCGGCGAAUCCUGACGCCCGCAUUUCACUUCAACAUCUUGCCCAGCUUUUUGCUCACCUUUCAGGAGGAGUGCCGCAGUUUGGUGGCACAGCUGGGUCAAUACGCGGACAAAGGUACACCGGUGGCACUGCAACCGAUCGCUACGAAGUUUACGCUAAAUACCAUUUGCGAAACGGCUAUGGGCAUCAAACUGGACUCGAUGACGCUGGCGAACGAGUAUCGGGGUAAAAUAGAAGCGAUCGGUACCAUGCUGCUGCAGCGGCUGAUGAAUCCUUGGCUGUUUGAGGAUUUCAACUACAAGCUGACUGGAUUGCAGGCCAAAUUGUACAAGCUGCUUCAACCGGUGCACGCGUUCACCCGCUCUAUCAUACAGCAGCGCCGGGAACUGUUCCAUCAAAAUGUACGAAACAUAGGCGAUUUUUCGGAGGAAAAUAUCUACACGAAUCUCAAACAACGGUACGCCAUGCUGGACACGCUGCUAGCCGCUGAAGCGAAGGAACAGAUCGACGAGGAAGGCAUUCGGGAGGAGGUGGAUACGUUCAUGUUCGAAGGGCACGACACAACGUCCGCCGCCAUCAUCUUUACGCUGCUGCUGCUUGCCCACAGCCCGGAAGUACAGCAACGGCUGUACGAAGAGUUGCAGCUGAUUGCGCAGUCACGAUCGGAUCCAGAUGGGGAUGCAGAGUUCACGCAGCGUGACUACAACGAGCUGAAGUACAUGGAUAUGGUUCUAAAGGAAUCUUUACGGUUGUAUCCACCGGUUCCCUUCAUUUCUCGUAACAUCUCCGAGGACACCAUGUUUGGUGAUCGAUCCGUGCCGAAGGAUACACUGUUCAAUGUGCACAUCUUCGAUCUGCACCGUGAUCCGGCCGUAUUUCCCGACCCGGAACGUUUCGAUCCGGAUCGCUUCCUGCCGGAAAACGUUGCGACUCGUAGUCCGUACGCGUACGUGCCAUUUAGUGCGGGUCCAAGGAAUUGUAUUGGUCAACGGUUUGCUAUCUUGGAGCUGAAGGCGGUGCUGGGUGCGAUACUGAUGAACUUUCGCGUCCUACCUGUUACCAAGCGUGAGGAGCUGGUGUUCGUUGCGGAUAUCAUAUUGCGCACGAAAGAUCCGAUCAUGGUUAAGUUCGAGCGACGACAUCGAUAG